AUGGGUCCAGUUAUCGGCACGCAGCUGGAUGAGCGAGUGAUCUAUCAAGCGACAAAGCAUGUUUUCGUUGGGAAGUACGCCAAAAUACGAGAACUUAGGGUUGUAAGACAGUCGAUUAACAACAACUUACUGGUGGGCAACCCGGUGCAGCAAGUCGUUACUGACCACGGCUAUGACGCUGUCGCUGAAGCAGUGUUAAAGCUACUUGUAGAAAGGGUUUACGAGUCAGCGGCAAUUGCUAGUCAACGCUUUCCCGAACUAUCCGAGCCGGCAUCAGUACAGACGGCGGUCAGCACGCAAGUAGAAGCAGAAACCACCAGGACUGAGCAGGUCAUGGUUGAGGAUGUCAGACUGGCCAACUCGGACAAAAGUCAGGAGACCGUUCACACAGAACAAGAUACUAAGCCAGUCCAGGACGCUAGUGACGGUAAUGCGUGCGACAUUGCUGGCACCUCAUUGUCACCCCUAGUCUACCUGCCGUUUCCUACCGAGCAUCUUCUCAUGCAGAAACUUCAAAAGGUCCUGGAAGCUGCGUGUUACGAGUAUGGAGUAAGAGAACUUUCGAGUAUCAUGCACGAGCGCCACUGGGACUGCCCCGAAGCAGUAGAGCUUAGCCAAUGGGCGGACUUGCUCGGAAAUGGAGGAAAGUUAAAGCUGAAGGGCAAGAAAAAGUCCGGCAAAAAACUAUUACCAUCGAUUGCACAAAUAAGACAUACAGCAGUCCAUCGCCUUCGCACCGAUUCAACAGGACUACAGCGAUUUCUCGCAGACGCAGAAGACCUUACCAAAGCUCUAGGGGACGAUAUAUAUACACAGUCUAUCGCGAAGCUCAGAUUGGAUACUCAAUCAACGCUCAAAGAGCUUACAGAGAACAAACAAUCCAUUCAGCAGCUGCUGCAGGAGGCUCAAGAGGAGGUAGCGAGGCAGCGUGCCGAACUGGAUCAGAAAGAGCAGGAUAACUUGCGCCGCAUGGAAAGGGAAGAUAAAAUAUACUGUGCUCAGGCUGGCGAACGACUGGAAAAGGCUAUUCGUGCCAUGGAAAGCUUUACCGUAGUGUCGAAGAGUGAGAAUCCUGCGACGGGUGGCACGGGCGGCGGCGAUGCCCCCCCUAUCUCUGAUACCGACAGCAACUUGGACGACGCAGAGCAUUUCGAAGACUGCAGCGAGUCAUGA